CCCGGAAUAUCAACUCCGAGAUGACUGACUUUAAGUCUAUGUAAAUCCACAAGAUAUGAUUCGAUAUAAACCAAUUGCAGAUCAAGAUCGAUGUACUCUAUUUAAAUACCAACCAUGCAAGCCAAAUAGAGCCAUCAAAUCCACAUCUAACGUCUUUCGGAGCUCGGCCUCGGUGUCGGUGAUAGAAGGUCGGAGAUGACCUUUUUUGGCCCAUAAGACGAUAUCAGCGUCAGGCAGCCGUGCGUAUAAAUGACCUCUCUACUCUCUCACCCCGAAGAUAAUUCUUGACUUUGAAACUACACACGGUUCCCUAUUCCACAGCCGAAUCGUGACUGCAUCAUGUUUCGGUCACUUCUCUCGUUUGGCGCAAAGCGCGACUACAUCUUCCCUACAGUUGACCCGAAAGUCGAUGGACCAGAUUGCUUAAAAGAAUGCGCGGACUGCACGGUGCAUUUUCCAUCCAAAGUCAAGGUUGAAACCUCCAGGCCUCUUUAUGGAGGCAUCGACGAAAUCAACACCCAUGUUCUUGUUGCUACGGGGAAAUCAGACUGGAAGGAAAAGGUCGAGCAUGAGCCAGGGACCUUGAUGGAGGCAUUCGACAAGAGAUCUGCAAAGUCACGAUAUGGGCCAUUAAUGGUUUCUGCAUCAAACCUCAUACCAGCAGACCCGGAUUCAGAGGAAAACAGCAGAAGGAAAGCAUCGACAGUCUUGCUUCUGCCGUCAUUCACAUAUGUCGAUUCAGUAGCUCCUACGGAUAUCCCCGAACUGGUUGAUCGCUUCAUCGACGCUCCACAGUCUCAGUCUUCGGAUAGCAGCAGUUAUCCCAACUCCCAACUGUCAUCCCGGCCAUGUCAGCAUGACUACGUGGUGCUUCUCUGCUCGCAUAAACGACGCGACGCCCGAUGCGGCAUCACGGCACCUUUGAUCAAGAAAGAGCUCGAAAGACAUCUGCGACCUCUGGGACUCCAUCGUGAUGCGGACGAUGACCGGCCUGGGGGUGUUGGUAUCCACUUUGUCUCGCAUGUCGGUGGACACAAGUUCAACGCGAAUGUCUUGAUUUAUCGCAAACAAGACCAGCAGAUGAUUUGGCUAGCCAGAGUUCGACCUGAAGAUUGUGAAGGAGUUGUCAAGUAUACAAUCCUACAGGGCAAAGUAGUCCAUCCGGAAACACAGCUCAGAGGAGGAUUUGACAGACACCGUGGGUUGACGAGUUGGUAGAUGCCCCAUUCAUUUUAGCCAUCGCAUUAUAGCAUAGCGUUUAGAUUUUUUCUUUAUAUAAUUAAAUAAGAUUUGACACUGAAGAUAAAUGAAGAACGAAGAUAAUCGAUGUGACACGUGACGUCACGCAAACCCGCGUUAAUUGAUUUCGCGCACGCGCCACGAAAAGAACCAACGGC